UACGCUCCAUGUUGGAUGUGUUCAGCUCAUUGACCGGCGGACAAUCCUCAUCAGUACCGCCAGAGCCCCGGAGCCUCCGACAGACCGGCCCUUCAUUCCCGCACAAAGCGCGCGGCAUCCUCCAGCCUCUCCGUCCCGCCAUGAAACAGACUCUGAGCGAACUGAUGAGGAUGAGCAGGAUAUGCCGGAUGAUAUUUGCCACUUGUUUGGGAUCCUUUAUUCUGGUCAUCUUUUAUUUCCAAAGUAUGUUUCAACCAGUCAUGCGGAGGAACCCCUUCAUGGUGGAAGGCUGCUGUAGGAAAGGAUCCCGCAAUGCCCUGCAGGAGCUCUACAACCCCACACAGACGGAGUUAUCAGGAGCUGCUGUCCUCCACCAGGCCAGGAGGGAUCAGGUAGUCGAUGCCUGUCGGGUCUACAGCGCAUCGAGUCGUAAGCGGAGAGUCCUGACACCCGGAGACCUCAAACACCUCGUGGUGGAUGAAGACCAUGAGCUUAUCUACUGCUAUGUCCCCAAGGUGGCCUGUACCAACUGGAAACGUGUCAUGAUGGUGCUUACAGGCCGGGGCAAGUACAGUGACCCAAUGGAAAUUCCUUCCAAUGAAGCCCACGUUCCCUCCAACCUUAAGACACUGAAUCAGUACAGCAUUGCCGAGAUCAAUCACCGCCUCAAGAACUACCUCAAGUUCCUUUUUGUUCGUGAGCCCUUCGAGAGGCUGGUCUCUGCAUAUCGCAACAAGUUCACCCUCAAGUACAACUCAUCCUUCCACAAGCGCUUUGGCACCCGAAUCAUCCGCCGCUACCGCAAGAACGCCACGCAGGAUGCCCUGCUCAACGGGGCUGAUGUCAAAUUCAAAGAGUUCAUUGAGUAUCUGGUGGACCCGGCCACACAGCGGGACGGACUCAACGAGCACUGGCAGACUGUGUACCAGCUCUGUCACCCGUGUCACAUCCACUAUGACAUGGUGGGCAAGUAUGAGACACUGGAGGAGGAUGCAAACUACCUGUUGCAGCUGGUGGGUGUAGGUGACUCCCUGCGCUUCCCGACCUACGCCAAGUCCACUCGUACCACGGAUGCUAUGACGGCUCAGUUCUUCAGCAAUAUCAGCACUCAGCAGCAGAUCCAGCUCUACCAGCUUUACAAGUUAGACUUCCUCAUGUUCAACUACUCCAUACCCAGCUACCUGAGGUCGGAGUAAUGGUGGACAGAGAUGGGACUCUGAGAGCGGCUGAUUCGGUCAAACAGAUAAAAGGAAAUGAGCGGAGGGCAGAAUUUUAUGGGAACAAACUUGAUUUAAAAAACUGUAAAAUUGAUGUGUAAACAGGUGCCGGAGGUGUGUGAGUUUCUGGGAAUAAUUCAGAGGAUGUUCAGUCAGCACCGACUGGACAGGGAUGCGGGCUAAAUGGACUAGACGCAUGCAAAGACUGAAAUGUGUGGGUGAAGCAGGUCUUCAUGGUUGUUAUCCUCAGAGGAUGGACUGGAUGAGGGAUUCUCCUGAUGUUGUUCCCUACACGUUUAAGCAAACUGCUGACAAAUUAGGCUGCUUCAGAUUCUGCAAAGCAAACAGCGUCCUCGCACGUGCCCUGACCCCAAAGCAUUAUGGGAGCUAAGUCUGUCUCCCCCUCCUUCUGAUCAAUAUAGAAACUCCGCCAAAUUGUAAGGCACACUUCACAUCUUCCACCGAGCUCUCGGCGUGGUGAGCCAGUACCCAUCAUGCUUGCUCUCAUUAGAUUCAUACAGCUGAGAGGGAAACUGCCUCAUCACCACCUCGAGGAUUACUGCAGCUGAUGGCUGCGGUUCCACUCUCAAGACCUCCACAUUAGUAGUGUGGCGGUGCAGCCGACAGCUCGCUGUCACUGGUUUCUAGCAUUAGUUUGUCGGCCCUUCUGCCACAGCAGUGAAGUGCUUACGUAUCAUUGCCUGUAACACCAAGCAUCCUUAAUACUUUGAGCUACAGAACGUGUCUGGACAGGUACAGGAUUCGCUCAGUGGGCGCACCGGCCUGCCUCUAACCUACAAGACGAGAGACGGCCUGUGUGGCUGUUAAAGGGUUAAAGGCGCUGAGUCUCAUUACCGCCAUGCCCUGCAUAGAGGAGCUUCGUGGACGUGCCCCUGCUCCAGCAACCAAACCUGUUUUUCACUAAAUGAUCCUCUUUUCUCGUCUUCAUGCUUUAUUUGUUUUUAUUGUCUUAUGAAUCACUGCUGCGAGCAGCAAUGAAAAGAUUAUUUAAUUUGCUUUGUUGUUGAAACUAAGAUGGGAAGAAUUUAAUAUUUUAUUUUCUUGGGCUGAAAAACAUUUAGGACACUUUAGAGAAGUUCAAACUUUUUCAUUUCUUGUGGUACAUUUUUGGCCCUUGGCUUUGUCUUUCUGUGCUUCACAUCAUUCAAAAUUUAUGUUUUUUUACAUAUUGUCAGACGUUUGGUGCCAAAAUGGCUGAGGGCCUCAGAGACCCACAGUCACUGUUAAGUACACAUCAUUGCCAUUUAGGACAUCCCAAAGAAGACACGUCAACAAUCAACAUAACAGAGAAAGGAUCCUGUGGUGUGAUUAAUGUUGUGUAAUGGCAAUAACUACACAGGAGGGAGGAUGGGCUGCCCGUCACACACUAUAGUGACAGAGGGAGUCGUUUUGUGUUUUACACCAGUUUGUACAUUUUAAUCCACUCCAGCUUCAAAUUAAUUUCACAGCGUUAGAAUAUUUAAUUUAUAUAGCACCAAAUCACAACAACAAUCACCUUAAGGUACUUUAUAUUGUGAGGUACAGACCUGAGAAUAACAGAGAGAACAACAACUGCCUUUGAAGCACUUUGGCGACAGUGGGAAGGAAAAACUCCCUUUUAACAGGAAGAACCCUGCAGCAGAAGCAGGCUCAGGGAGGUCAGCAGAUCUGUGUGAGGGGGCAUUGUGGUUAAUAUAGUCAAUUUAAUUCAAUUCAGGAUAAUUCCAUGUUUUCGUAUCGCACCAAAUAACAACAACAACAAUCGCCUCGAGGUGCUUUAGGUUGCAAAGUCCUUCUGUGUGACGAGAGCGUUCCAGCGGUGAUGACGUGGCGACAGGAUUAUCACAGCUCUGGCCUGAUCACUAAGUUUGAUCUCAUCCUGAGAGAUUAGCAAGACAAGCGUAAAUAUAUAUAUAACACUACUGAUUGUACUUCAUUAAGGAUUUUGAUGGUUUUUGAGUCCCUAACUCUUUGGAGUUGCAGUAUGAUGUUUUCUUUCUGAUAGAAUAAAUCCAGGUCCACUCUGCUUGAAAACUGUCUCAUUAUGACCCCUGGUUAGUCAGCACAUCUAAAUCAGAUUACACAUACGCCUUUUCCCCCUCGGGCUGGAUGUUGUAGCUGCAGAUCCCUUCUUGUUGCUUUGGACUCAUUGCUGGUGUCCGUUUGUGCACAUGUCCGUGUCUGGAGGUUCGAAUCAAACAGCCUUAGUUUUCCUUUCUAACACCCACAGACAUCUGGCUCUAAUAAAGGAAAGAGUCUACUGGGCUGGCUUGUCGCCCCGGUCCUCAUCCUCCAGCAGAAACAAUGGUUAUAUUCUCAUCUGGGCCUCCUCCUGGGUCAGGCGCACACAAACACACUCACACAGACACACACCAGCACUGCUGCUGAGGUUAUUGCCACGCAGCGUCUUACUCAGCAGUUAUAGGGAAAGCCACGAGCAGGCAGAACCUCACACUGUCAGAGCUCAGUUUAAACGGCUCAUUUUGCGCUCAGAAUGAAAGACAAACAAUGCACAAAGGACCUCUUAACCUGCAAACAAGCCAUUACAGCGGCCUCUCUUCACACUCCGGUUUCUCUCCUCCUACAUCGCUCCAGAAGUGGCCCCCUGGUUUAAAAACAAAACCAGAACAAAAAGGCUCAGUGUCAGUGAUCAGUACUGUCAUGCAGGAAAACGCAGCCUGCUUAAGCAAACAGAGCUCACGGGGACUCCAGCAGCCCUGAGACGCUGUCUCAGUCUCUCAGUUACAAGCAAGCAGCAACAUUUAAAGUUAUUUUUCCUCCAUAGCUGUGUCUAUAUUGAGGACUAGCUAGUGGGUAUAUUUAUGUUGUUUCUGAACGACGUCUGCUUUUAGACUGAACUACACAUUUGCUGUCUUCUAACAGCAGUUUUCUUCUUGAGGAUGAGUAGAUGAUGUUAUUUUUCUGCUUUACUUUUAUUUUUAUUUUAUUGUAUUGACACCCAGAUUUUGUAAAUACAAGAAAGAAUCGUUUCAGAAGCAGGAAAAUUGUGUUUGAAGUGAAAUUUCCUGUAAAUUUGAUGGUAGAAAGUUCAAAUGGAGUCCUGACUCAGUUCUGUGCUUUGGAGUGGGUGUCAGUGUGCCUGGCUCAUGAUACACACAGUGUAAAAGAUGGACAUAUCUAAUAUAAUCUCACGUAUUUGUUAGUGACAUUCAGCUAUGCAGGCUGGAGCUGAGCAUUUCUGUCAUUCUGAGUGAAAACAGGAGACACGGUGCAGCGCCUGGCCUUGGAUUGGACUCUUUGUCAGUGAUGAUGUCAACAGAUUAAGUCUUUUAGUGUAAAUACACUUAUUUGUUCAGGUCAUUUAGUUGUUUUUUACUUUCAGAGUUCAGAUUGUUAACAUGCUAAAAAAGAGCUGAUUAUAAAGGUAGAAGAUACAAAUUAAGUGGGUGAGCACGCUGCUAGUUUGGCUAAUGACCUAACCCUCGUCACCUGUUUCCACUCGCUCACUCACAGCAGUGGAGACACAAAGGUCGUUUCAGUCUCUCUCUCUGUGGGGACACUUUUCAUCAGCAGAGACACCAUAUUUGAAAAUAAGCAUCAUAUCAUCAGCACAGAAGGACAAAGCCAGGAUGAUUUCUUACAUGCGUCCUCUGCCUGUGUCGUGUCAGACAUAUCUGAGUCCCAGCACAGGAUAUUUUUGUACAGUCCAAACAUGAUGUCAUUCAUUCUGCUGUUAUUUUUUGAGCUGUGAUAUUUAUGACUUACUUUGGUUGCCUCAUACAUACACACACAGACACACACACAUUACUACUCUCAUUUUUCUGUGCCUUUCAUUCAGAGGCGACACAGAGACACAGUGAACAUCCUGCAGUCACAUUAGGACAGAAGGCGUACAUGCUCAGUUAUAACCUUACGCAUACCUGCAAUAAAGAAGUCAUCAGGUAUGACUUCAGCUUUAUUUUUAGAAAUCUGUGGGACGGACAUGAUCCUGAAAACUACAAGCAAAUGAGCGUUCGUCAGAAGCUGCUCGGUUUAUUACAGCUUGGAUUAUUUGGAGUAUUUUGUCCAACAAACUGGUAAUACCGGUAUCACCACAACAGGUUAGUGUUAAAGACACACAAGUCAGAGCAGUCAAAGGAUGAAAAAGUUGUGGACAUUUUAUCCCCCACCAGUUGGUGCACUUGGAUGUUGUUGGCAGUCGCUAUAAAAUCGACUGUCUCAGUGUUGUAGGCCUCUAAGUGAGCCGCUGGUUGCAAGAGAAACGUGGGUAUUCCCUGACUGGUUGGAAAACAGUUGGAGUUUUUUUGACUUCACCCAGUGGCUGCCAGCAGCUUCCAGCAACCACUUGCCAACUGGUUGGGGAAUACACAUUUUCCCCUCGCAAACAGAUGUUGCCAGAUGGGUGCGACUGGUCUCUAGACUUAAACCACUUUAUUUUUAGGUCAAACAGCAGCAGACUCAGCCAAAAUAUCUGUAACAAUCCCAACAACUAGCAGAGCAGAAUAGUAUGAAUAUGUACAGCACAGAUUAGUUAUCCAACUAGCACCAGAACAAGCUAACAUUCUGACAGCUGAAAACUUUGCUAAAUAUAACUGCACAAAAUUAACUAUCAAAUGUAAAUCUUUCUAAAGUGUUUAUGAAGUAUACAGGCCGAAAAUGGUACCUACAUAGUAAAGUCAGAUUUCCAAAAACGUAACCAUCUUUUCCCAGUUAUUGAUCCUGUUUAAGAUGCAAAUAGUUAGCUUGGUUGUAACACUGUUACUCUUGCCAAUAAAUAUUUAAUAGCAAUGACUCCAAAACUAACAACCCAAGUUAUAAUAAACUGAGAUGGUGUUUAUUAUAAGUGAUCUUAAUCAGUGUUUGAAAAGUUAGAGCCUGAGUAGGCCUGCCUUUCGCAUGCUCAGCGACAUCUAGGCACGUUUUCAAAUCAGUUAGCAUUAGCAUGGGCAUGACCUGUCCAAGCAGGUUUCACGUGUCUCUGUGUCGACCUGAUGUUGUGUACGUCCUUCAGCAGAGGCCCCGCACCUCUCGUGGUUCCAGCUGCUUCCCGUGCUGCCAGGUGGCACGGAUGUUGCGCUGUAAUGUGCGGGUGACCUUUUAAUUUAAACGAUCAGUGUGUGAUGCUGCGUUAUUCCAUAUCAUCAGCGUUUUCACCAUGUGUGCUGUAUCAAAGAGCUAUGUGUCAGUGGAGUUUGUGCGCAUGUGUGCGCGCCACCACUGCUCCAGGAAGUCGAGACCCUCGUUCCAACAUGUACCAUUAAUUUAUUUAUUUAUUCCUAGAUACCGGCCCAUACUGCUUCCCUGCUCACGUUACCAUGGCAACACACCCAAAUUUUCUAUAUGUUGCUUUUCCUCGUGGGACAGCCUCUCGCUGUGCUCUUUUACUCUGUUCAUUUUCAGGGGUACUUUCCAAAAUCAUGAAUAAUGAAUAAUGUACACUGUGUGGGAGAGUGGGGUGGAUCCUACAGCAGCGUGACCCGUGGUUUAUCCUGUUUUCACAAUAAAAUGACACUGAAAUCCA